UUCUAGGACUUGAAGAUGCCGCCAUUUCUGAGCGGGCGUCUCUGGCGCGCAGUGUUCAUGCGGACCCGCGGCGAAAGGCUCUUGGCAGGGCACAGCCGGGCCUCGGGCGGUCCGGGUUGCAGGUGGGACGCUCUCGUCGGAGCGGACGUGCUGCGAGCAGAGCUGGACAGAUUUGGGGGUGUCUCGGUGCCUCUGGAGCGGUUUCGCGCCCUGGACCGCCUGGACGCCGCCUCUUUCCAGAAGGUCUUGCAGGCUGCAGUACAGCAAUGGAGAUCAGAAGGUAGAAUAGCAGUAUGGCUGCACAUUCCCAUCCUCCAGAGCCGAUUUAUUGCCCCUGCUGCUUCCCUGGGUUUCUGCUUUCACCAUGCAGAGUCGGAUUCAUCCACGCUGACACUGUGGCUGGGAGAAGGACCCAGCAGAUUACCAGGAUAUGCUACACAUCAAGUAGGAGUCGCAGGAGCUGUAUUUGAUGAAAAUACUAGAAAAAUAUUGGUUGUACAAGAUCGAAAUAAAAUGAAAAAUAUGUGGAAGUUUCCAGGAGGCCUGUCAGAGCCUGGAGAAGAUAUUGGAGACACAGCAGUCCGAGAAGUUUUUGAAGAGACUGGUAUAAAAUCAGAAUUCAGGUCCCUUGUGAGCAUUCGGCAACAGCACACCAAUCCCGGAGCUUUUGGGAAGUCAGAUAUGUAUGUCAUCUGUCGCUUAAAGCCAUAUUCGUUCACCAUAAAUUUUUGCCAGCAUGAAUGCUUAAGGUGUGAGUGGAUGGACCUCCAUGACCUGGCCACGACUGAAAACACAACUCCCAUCACCAGCAGAGUUGCUAGGCUGCUUCUCUACGGGUACAGAGAAGGGUUUGACAAGAUUGAUUUCACCGUAGAAGAACUUCCAGCAGUUUACACAGGCUUGUUCUAUAAGCUCUAUCACAAAGAACUGCCAGACAAUUACAGAACCAUGAUAGGAAUGCAUUAAAUCCAUUUUUGCAUGUUUUAAAAAAUUUUAAGUAAAUUAUAAUAUGGUACACAUUAUUUUACAUUUAUAAGAGGUGGUGGACAUUUGGGGUUAACUAAUAAGACUUUAAAUUUCGGUGUAUAAUUUCCAUGAAGAAGACUUGUUUUUAGAAGCCUCUUUUCAAAUGAAGCAAAUGUAUGAAAAAGAUUGUUGCUCUAAGUAAGCUUCACUGGAUAAAGGCAAAUGCUAUAUAAAAGGUGGAAGUCUAUACUUUUUCCAGGGAUCUUUGAUGCUUUUUUUUACUAAGGCAAUGGUUAAAUAUUUACUAUUAGAUAAAAGGUUUAUCUGACCCUUUAUCCAAACUGAGCAGAACUGUACACAUUUUUUUCUUUCACAAAUUUCUAAAAUCUGUGCUUCAUGUGAAAUGAGAUCAGAUGCUGCUAUUAAGAUCAGCUCUUAGCAGACAUUGGAAGAAAAAGUAUAGCUUUCUGCCCAGGUCCUGUUUUGGGUCCAAGUUUAUACUGCCCAGUUCGUUUCAGUGCCACAUACCAGCUGGAGUAUUUCCUUGACCGAUAAGUAUUGUAGUUAUUAGAUUCCAAUCGUUCAAAAAAGAAACACUCAUCCGUAACACAUUUCUGAAAAAUAAAGGAAGAAUGAAUGAGUAGUUAAUAUAUUUUCACAUGAAAUACUUAGGAGAGUGCACUGCCCGUUCCGCUCACCCAGCAGCAGUGCUCUUGGCUUUAGAAAACAAACUAGGCUGUAGGGCUCAGCGGGCCAAGGUGUGACAGAGCAGCUUUGCAGAGGGAUGCAGGACAGGAACUCAGCACGUCAGCCGGAGAGCUUGCAGACACAGCUCUUCAGAGGAGGAACUCAAGGACCAUGCUCCAGCCCCUCCGAGGGACAGGUCGGGGGUCAGGCCGCGAGAGCACAUGGAGGCCGUCGGAACCACACUGCCUCUGACUUGAAGCAGCCCAUGAGCACAGCUUUCACGAAGGAGAACAUGCCCAGUAACAAAGAGCACACACUUCACUUAGUGAAACCCAAAGCUGUGGUGCAUCCGGACUCCUCGCGGUCCAGAGCCUGGCUACCCAUCAGGGUUUGUUUUUACUGCUAUCAGGGUUCCCCUGAAACUGCUGCAAGGGUAACCCAGAGAUGACCUUCAUAAAGGAAAAGGCUUUGUUAAUUAAUACUUUACUCACAGAAACAGAAUCAAUUCAUUAAAUGAUAGCAAUUUUUUCUAGUAGUUAACAUUUCUAAGACAUAAGAAUAGUUUAUAUAUGAUUAAUAUUCUCAAAA